AUGAAUGCCUUCAUGGUGUGGGCGAAGGACGAGCGGAGGAAAAUUCUCCAGGCUUUCCCUGACAUGCACAAUUCAAAUAUUAGCAAAAUACUAGGGUCUCGCUGGAAAGCCAUGACGAAUCUGGAGAAGCAGCCUUACUAUGAAGAACAAGCUCGACUCAGCAAGCAACACCUGGAGAAAUACCCGGACUACAAAUACAAGCCGCGGCCAAAACGCACCUGCUUAGUUGAUGGUAAGAAGCUACGGAUUGGCGAGUACAAGGCAAUCAUGCGCAGCCGCCGGCAAGAAAUGAGACAGUAUUUCAACGUAGGGUAA